UGCGGCGGUAAAGUGUGGCCUCUUUUCGACUCUCGCCACUUAUCGCGAGGGCUAGAAAGAACAAGAAGAAGCAGCUACGCUAUGUCUAGGUUCGACUGAACAUGCCGGCAUCCUCAUCUCCUAACAGCUAUCGAGACGCGGCCGGCCUCAUGGAUGUAUGGAUACUCUUCCUCGCAAUUGCCGGCGUUGCUGCGUCAGUCGAGGUGCACUUCGAGAACAAGGAUGGCGGAUUCUUCCUGAAGCACACACCAAGGCAGUCGUACCCAGCGCAGCCGGACUCGAUCCCGGUUCCACCGAUCCUGGCGCCAGGUCCUGCGCCACCGGGCUCGAUCCUCUCCAUCGACACCUUCACGGUCUUCCAGACCAGCGAGCCGGCCUCGGUCCGCGCUACCUAUGGACCCUUCAGCACUAAGCAGACCGUUCCGGCACGGUACAUAGUCCCUGACCCUCUGGACGCUCUUCCGGGACCAGAGAUGCGGCGAAACUUGACAUCCACGACGGCCCUCCUCGAUGCCCAGGAACUCAGCGCCAGGCACCUCGACAUGUCGGCUCACCUAGUGCGGCCCAGUGUUCCUCGGGACUCACCGGUGCUCAGAGUGCUCUUCCACGCCGGAAGUGAGGCCGGCGGUCGGCGGCAGGUUCUGCUGGCUCGGCACCAGCGGGUCUGCGUCGUUCUCCACGCCUCCCUCGCCGGAAGGACGCCACUUACCGCGGCCUGCAGCCCCGACGGCGAGGACGGCGUCUGCCUCGCCCAAAUCACCAUCCCCGCCGCUUGGUGGGCGCCGCUUCCACCCCCGGAUGCCUCCGGCAGGGUCAAGGUCGCCAAGACCCUUCCAAGGCUUGUUCAAGUCGCGUAUUCCGUACUCGAGCCCAGGACCGAGAGCGACGGUGGCUGCCAGCCCAGGGUUCAGAUCCAACCUGUCACUCCAUUAGGACAGGUUCCUCUCGCUCCGAACAGGGCUGCUUACAAGGAGCUCAGGACUGAUGACUCCUUGACGCUACUGGUACCCCACGCGCCACUCUAUCCGAGGUCCCGACUCCAUGUCCCGGCGUUUCUACACCCUAGACAAGGCGCCUUUGUCGCUGCUGUCAUCAUACGAGCCAGGGUGAAAUCCGGCGUACGAAUAUUGGGCGCCACAUCCAGCAGCCCGGAUUGGACGGUCAAUGUUGAAGUUAAUGGAAAGUACACAGCCGCCACCUUCACCGCAAUACGAAAGGAAAACGCACCCCGUCCACAGAACAUGUCCGCAGAAGAGAUCCUAACCAUGCUCCUCGAGGCGAGCGAGGAGGGGGCCGGGGGCAGCAGGGACGGGGGUCGAGUUGUCUGGAGCGUGCGAUACGAGCUCGAGGGCGAAGAUGAGGACGGAUCCCCGUCUGGGUCAAGCCAGCACCACCACAAUAUCGACCGAAGGAAACUCCAGGCUCGUCUCGAAAUCCAGAAGGACGAUAUCCAGGCGGUUUUGCCAAUCUCUAAGAACUGGGAAGUGAUGAACACCGCGGUUUUGACUGGCCGGCAGGUCUCCCAGGCGAUGAAGGUCUUCAUAGUGAGCCAGGCAGGCAAAGUGGCCGACGUCACUCUGCAGUCGUCCUGCCACUCGGAGGACGAGAGUGUCCUUAAGGUGUCGUCGUCCUGCAGUAGCGUGUACGUCGACGGUUCGGAGAUCCGAGGAUCGAGCAACGCGUCUGUUCUAGUCAAGUACGGAACGUAUACGGGUCUGGCUCGCUUCACUGUCUGGAUGCCGGAGUUCCCGUUGGAGGUGACGGUCACUGACAGCCGUCUAAGCCAGGUGAAGGGAUGGAAGGUGCCGGACGAACUCUCUUCUUCGAAGAACAAGCGGAGCUUGAACGACACGGAGGACGAGGAGCUGGAGCGUUCGAAGAGGAGCCCAUCCGCCGAGGAGAGGUUCCGGGGCGACAGGUGGUCGGAUUCUAGCGCCGGUACCGAAGACCGGACGGCCAGCUGCAGGCUGCGUUUCCAGCAGAGUCCGGUCGAGGUCCACGCCAGGUUCUUGGCGGCCGAUCACGACUCGGGCCGGGUCUCGUAUUUCGUGAAUCGGCGGACCUGGCUCCGGGUCACGGACCUCGUCGUCGGGCUGCUCCGCGUCUCGGACCACCGCUUCGCCACCCUCCAAGGAAGAAUAGUCCAGGGUCGCAGCUUCGGCAGGACCGAGGUCCAGGUCGUCUCUCCAAUCACCGGCCGCGUCAUCGGCGCCAAGGAGGUCAAGGUCGUCAGCGACCGCGUCUCGGUCGCACACCUGUCGGUCCGCGUUGUCUCAGGACUACAGCUCACCAUCUCACCGGACACCGCCAUCGAGAAUGGUUACAUCGCCGAGACGUCAGUCACCCGAAGACUAACCGCUCAGUAUCAGGAGGGCCUGCUGGACAUCGACAUCGAGUUUUCGGACGGAUCCCACACGCCUCUGAGGGAGGUGACGGUGAACGACUAUCACUUGCUUGUCGAGAGCUUGGACCCGGAGGUUGUGGCCUUUGCGCCAAUGGUCGCGUCGCAUCACCCCAGGGUUAUAGCCGUCGGUGAAGGUCGGGGUCACCUUUUGCGGGUGACUCUUCAGCUAGCCGAUAUCUGUCGGCUGCCAAAUCGGCGGUCGAAAAAUUCACCCAGACCACCGGUAGCGCCUCUGGCAACGGCAGCCGCCCAUGUCGAGGUUGACUUUGCGUCCAGCGAUCUGCCCAACCGACCAGAAUUCGUCCAGAACGACGGUGGCGGCAUGGUCGGCUCUCACAGGGAGAGAAAGAACGGAAAGGAGGUGGCGCCCGACCUCCACGAUAUUUUGAUCGGGGUACCAAUGAAAGACGAGAACAACCACGAGCCCACGGUGCAGGCGCAUCAGGCGCGUCAGGCGCAGCAGCACCACACGGCUAUAGCUAAUGGCAUGUCUUCAGGGGGAAUGGGUGGCGUUGGGAUCCGUCAUCACGGCGGUCCGCACAUGACACCUCUAGAGAUCGGCAUGUACGUCCUGUUGGCCGCGUUCUGUUUCGCGAUCGUCGUAUUCGUCGUCUCCUGCGUCGUUUACGCCAGCAAAUUCAAGCCCCAGCCUCCGGACUACCCCUUGCCCACCAUCCCUGUUCUCGGCGCCGCCAGGGCCGCUGCCAGUCAACUGGCCCCGAAUCGCCGCCCCCGGGAAUCCACUACCAACGCUCACGACUGGGUCUGGCUGGGACGAGCGACCCUCGAAAGGGCCGCAUGUGCCCCUCAGCAGGUUCGCGUCACCAGCAAUCCCCUAGCUGCCGAACCCGAGGAAGAAUCCGGGGAGCUCGGGACCAGCUUCGACAACCCAAAUCACAUCGAGCUCCCGUCUGCGCGGCCAUCGGCGCCGGUUCCGAUCGACACGACGACCUACUGUAAGAAGGACAAAACGCCACGUCACUCGAGCAACAACAAGUCGACAAGCAUGCAGCCGAAGACGUCGUCGACGCAGAUCGACAACAACGACCUUCCCCCGCCGCUGCCGCCGCACGGCAUUCCGCCGACGACAUCGAGCGAGAACGCGAACGGGAACAACGAGGACUACAAACCCCCGGUUCCACCCCACCGGAACACCGGCGUCAUAGCGCGGUUCCCUGAGACCCCGAAGAAGCAUCAUCACAGGGCAUCGAGCGGCAGCCAUGGAAACCAUCGGCACAGUAAGCAUCACAGUAAAUCGCACAAGCAGCACCAGGAACAGAGCGGCAAGACGGGGGAGAACGAAUCGCGGGAGAACAACACGGAGGAGGAGUUCGUAGAGCUGAGGAACUACGAAGACAAGCGUGGCGUCAAGGACAAGCUGAAGGAGGUGAAGAGGGCCACCAUAGUCGGGAACCCGAUGUACUCCUCCCAGGAACAAGAGGAAAUGGCGCUGGACGACCUGAACCUAGGCAUGGACUACGAUCAGAUUAUGCAGUACUUUGACAAUUUGAAGGAGUCGAAUGCCUAGGUAAGGGCCUCGGAUAUUAAUUUAAGGACCAGGCAGCCACCCGAUUGCGUUUGAAAAUGUUACUCUGAGAUUUGUUGCACCGCAGGAAUCAGGGCUCGUUCUGACUGAGUAUAUAUGGUUUCGCUGAGACCAGGGAGGAAGAAGGAAAGUUUUCGAGCCUGUUUAUACGUAACUUAUAUCACUUCUCGCCGAUUAGCCGAUUACUUUUUUCUAUAACUAUAGUAAGCGAUAAGCACCAAAGUCGACUUCCGUGCUGGCUCAGAGUAAACUUUCCAAUUAACGAUUCUAUUAUGCUUAAAUGAUGAAUAUUAAGUCAGCAUUUCCCUGAUUCCAAACGUGUGUUUCGUUUUCACUUGAUACGCUGAUUGUGAGAGCGAUACGAUUCUUGCGCAACGGGUGCUAAGCUGUCCGUUAGGCUAUAUUCUAGUCAGCUUCCUAGCAGCACAUCCAAUUACACAUCAUAAUGAUAACUUUAUAUACAUACAUACAUAAAUAUAGAUAUAUAUACAUAUAUAUAUAUAUAUAUAUAUAUAUGUGUGUAUACAUAUAUACAGUGAAUCAGUGACGGCUGGUGACUACAUAAUCGCAAUUGUUUCUUACGUUCGAGAAAUAAAAUUGAAUUGAACGAAACGCUGCAACGCGCCUAUACGCAAAAAGAAAGAAAACAAAAUAGGUCUAAAAAUUAUAAACAUACAUAUAUAUGUGUGCAUAAGUAUAUAUAUAUAUCGUAUGCUGUGUGACAUUUAUAUCAGAUCGAAUAUUGAAUUGUCUGUUUAAAAAACCAAACAAAAGUUUAGAUUGAAAAAGGAAAAAUUUGA